CCGUCAAAUUUGCCACAGACAAAUUCUGCAAGUCGCACAGACGCAGAGAAAGAAUGAUUUUAAAAGUGAGGAGCUAGUUUGUAUAUAUAAUCAUCAAUCCAUCGGUUCACCAUUCACAACACAACACAUUCUGGUUAACAGUAACAGAACCGUUACCACUCUGCUGAGAACAGAGCCAAAAAGAGAGGAGGAAAACAAAAAACAGGGGCCGCCGGACCCGACCCGACCAUGGAUAUCAUUUCCCACCUCCCCGAAAUCCUCGUGGCUCUAGCCGCCGCCGCAUUCAUCCACUUAUGGCGGCUGGGCAACAAGCGGAGGCAGCAAAACAACCCCAACCGCCGCGUCCCCGAAAUCCCCGGCGCCCUGCCUCUGGUCGGCCACCUCCACCUCCUCGGCGGCAACCAGACCCUCUCCCGGAAGCUCGCCUCCUUCGCCCACAAAUACGGCGACGUAUUCACCAUCCGCCUCGGCGCCAACUCCGCCGUCGUGGUCAGCGACUACGAGUCCAUGAAAGAAUGCUUCACCACCAACGACCGGAUCCUCUCCUUCCGCCCGGAAUCCAGCCAGGCCAAGGUCCUCGGCUACAACUACGCCGCCUUCGGGUUCGCCUCCUACGGAAGCUACUGGCGGGACAUGAAGAAGAUGCUUAUGACCGAGCUCCUCUCCGUCCAGCGAAUCAAGGCCCUCCGCCACGUCCAGAUCUCCGAGGUCGAUUUCCUCAUCAACGACCUCUACCAGCAGAGCAACGCCGACAAAAGCCGACCGAUCGCCAUCAGCGAGGCCCUCCAGGGGUACGUGCUUAACAUCAUCACUCGCAUGGUCGCCGGGAAGAGGUAUUUCGACAAGACCGGCGGCGAGGACCAUGCGUCCGCAGGCGGGAGGCCCAUCGGUCAGGUGAUGAGGGAGUUCAUGCUCGUCACCGGAACCCUCGUCCCUUCCGAUUUGAUUCCGAUUCUGGGCUGGUUCGGGUUCCAAGGGGUGGUCAAGACCAUGAAGCGGGUCUCCAAGGAGCUGGACGUCAUCAUGGAGAGCUGGAUCGACGAGCACAAGAGGAAACAAUCGACCAACGGAGCCAAAUCGGCCGCCAUUAAUCCCGAUCUAAUCGACGUCAUGCUCUCCGAAAUCAAAGAAGAAGUCGCCUACGGUCACAAGCGUGAGGACAUUAUCAAGGCCACCGCUAUGUCUCUGAUCGUCGCCGGCUCCGAUACAACCUCGAUCACGCUGACGUGGAUCCUAUCCAACCUGCUAAACCACAAGCGGGUGAUGAAGCUGGCACAGGAAGAGAUAGAAACUAAAGUAGGGACGGACCGGUGGGUCGACGAUUCCGACAUCGAGAAGCUGACGUAUUUAGGAGCUGUGAUCAAGGAGACGCUGCGGAUGUACCCGCCGGGCCCACUUUCCGUGCCUCGAGAGGCGUCGGAGGACAUCACCAUUAAAGGGUAUCACGUCCCGAAGGGCACUCGCUUCCUCGCCAACUUCUGGAAGCUGCACAGAGAUCCGAAGGUCUGGUCCGACCCGGACGAAUACAAACCGGAGCGGUUCCUGGCCGCCAACGCCAACAUGGAGAUAUUCGGUCAGCAGUUCGAGUACCUCCCGUUUGGGUCCGGGAGGAGGGGAUGCCCUGGGAUUAAUUUCGGGAUGCAGGUGACGCAACUGACCUUGGCGAGGCUGCUUCAGGGUUUCGAUUGGGGUACCCCAAAUGAUAAGCCGGUGGACAUGACGGAAGGAUUGGGAAUCGCCCUUCCCAAGGCCAAUCCUCUGGAGGUCGUCCUAACCCCACGCUUUCCUCCGCAGUUCUAUAAAUCUUAGAUUUACCAGAUUUUGAGCCAAAAAAAUUGACGAUGUUCUUGGAAUAAUAAUGGUUGGGAUUUUCGCAUAUAUGCUUUCAUUUAUUUAUUCUCUAUGUACGUAGCCCGGCCGCUUAUGUUAUGCAAAUUUAUAUAUGUGGUUCGUGUAAUAAUAGUUUCUCUAUGUUCUGUGUAGUGAUCUCAUUCAUCACCAAGCUAACUAUGAAACUAGUUUCUUGAGUUGGUGGUUGACUUAAAAUUUAUACCGGAUUCAAGUAUUGGGCAGAUAAUCUAGUAUGCCUUUUGUACAACGCAAAUUAUAUACUAGGGCUGGUCAACAGGCGGAUCGGAUGGAUUUUGACCGAGAAAUUAGUUCACCCACUAUUUAAUGGAUUGACAACUUUACACAUGCCACCUACCUAUAUUUAAUAUAAGGUUGGAUUGGGU